AUGAAGGAAGAUAAUCUACCCCCUUCUAACUGGGCCUUAGCAAAGGUCAUCGAUGUGCACCCCGGCAAGGACGGGUAUGUGCGCGCUGUUACAUUGAAAACUAAACACGGAGUCCUGAAACGGCCUAUCACGAAGCUGUGUCCUUUACCAGUACUCCCAGACCAAGAUGACAAUUGGUUGAGAGCGGACAGUGACCCCGGCACUACUGGGCAUACGUCAAAACGCAGUAGAAGUAAGGCAAAUUAUUUAAUUUGUUUGCUCUUAAUUAUCACCGCAAUUAUAUCGCCGUCGAUGCAGCAAACUUACAAAAUAACUCAGUUAGAAUCGACUAAAGCGUUAUAUUUUGAUCGAGCAGCCGAUUUACAAAUUAUAGAGAGACAUUGGAUCGUAAUUGUAUACUACAACAUGUCAACAUUCUGGAAAAACAUUCAAAAGGUGGAAAGAUAUUUAAACCAUUUAAACAGCAUCUGUAAUGAAGAAAGUACAUGCACUGCCACACUGGCUCAGUUCAGACACGAGUUGGACGAGAUAGAACAUUACAAUAAUAUGUUAAAAUUUGCACCACGUUCCAGAGCAAUAAGAGGUUUGUUUAAUGGUGUUGGAAGAUUGAGCAACUACUUAUUUGGAAUUUUGGAUGACCAAUUCGCUGAAAAAUACUCUAAAGACAUAAAAUUAAUACAUCAAAACGAAGUCUAUCUGCAAAAAUUACUUAAAAAUCAAACUACAAUAAUGGAAGCGGAAAAUAAUAUAAUACAGCGAAAUGAAUACAUAAUGAACCAGCAAUUCACAAGAAUCGAAGAACAAAUAAGGAAUUUUUCGAGUGAAGUUCAACAAGUAAAACAGCGAGCCAUAAACAUAUUUUAUUUUACUACGCAUGUUGUUACUCUUGACGUCAUUUUAUCAAAUUUAAGAAGAAUACAGGACACCCUAAUUAAUACUGUAACGAACAUAUAUCACGGUAGACUCGACGUACACUUGCUUUCUCCGGCACAAUUGCAAGAACAGUUAAACGUCAUAUCAAGACAAGUUCAAGGAGAAUUUUUAGUCCCGGUCAACGUUCAAAAUAUUAAGGAGUUAUUCAAAAUGCUACAAGUAAAGGCAAGAAUAACCGAGGAUUAUGUCAUAAUUGAAGUGAAGGUGCCACUACUGAGUACUGACACUUAUGAACUUAAUAGAGUCAUACCUAUACCGCAAACAAGAAAUUUGAACUCUAUCUACGUAACACCUUCUACCGACUACAUAGCAUUCAAUUUACGAAAAGAUACCUUUAUGUCGGUGAUGGAAAAUGAUUUACAGCUCUGCAUUAGAUACAACGACGUCAACCUAAUAUGCCCCAUUACUAGUCCACUAUACGAACUUAAAGUGGGUCAAUCUAUAUGUGACGUAAAAAUAAUCACGGACGACAGCAAUCAAACAUAUUGUCGUAGAGAAACAAAGGAGUGCCCCGACAGAUGGAUUAAAUUACACUCUCGUGACACCUGGCUGUACACAUGCUGUGAAGAAUGCAAGAUCCGCAUAUUAUGCCCGUCUGGGCUGGCGACGAGGAGUCUGCGCGGCAGCGGCCUUAUCAGUAUAGGUCAAGAUUGCAUUCUUAAAGGAGACACGUUUUCUAUACAAGGUCAUCGUGACUACAGGAGUGAAAUAUAUACAGGAAAUUUUAACAUUGAGCGUAUGGCUAACGAGUCCAUAUUGAACUCUGUCAUCAAUACAUCGACUAAUCAGCUGUCAUUCAUCGCUGAAAAUCACAAUAAUACAUUUUGGAAAAUCAAAGGGCAAAUACAAGACUUGCUGAAUCAAUCUGAUGAAGAGAUAUCAAAUGAAGACAUACACCACUAUGUUAUGAUAUACAUACUGUUCUUCAUAGUAGUCGCAGCAAUAGUAACGGCAGUUAUCUACAUGUAUAGAAGAAAAUUAUAUCAUAUCCCCACGGCGAGGCCAGCCGCGGCCCCCGCGGCCCCCGCGGCCCCCGCGGCCCCCGCGCCUGACAGCCCGCCGCCGCGGCCGACCGAGCGCCGUGUACUCAGCGGUCCGCGUACACAGGAUAAGACUACAUCUACAAUGUUUGACAAGAUUAUCAAGUUCGAAUGUAAAAUAGACGAAUGA